AUGGAUCUCGUGGAUGACCAUGCCGACUCGGUGUCUUCCCUGGAUGACGACUACCAGUACCACGCCUCCACGACGGAACUCUGGGACUCCUUCUGGACCGGCCGUGUCCGGGGCCACGAAGAGGAGGAGCGAGUUGGUCGCGAGCGGGUGCGGGAGCAAGAGGACGAGGACCACCACAAUAGCGAGACCCACGGAGCCGCGUCCAUCUGCAGUGCAAAGGAUAAGGAUGAGGAUGUCACCAUUACCUUUCCCAUGAGGGGCCGACAGCGGGCACGACGCAUGCCUUGCGCUUCCCAGACGCCGGCCGAAGAGGAUGAGCCGGAAGUCCCACGGACGCCGACCCUUCAAAGGCAAGGGCAGUCAUGGACCGUACGGGAGCGCCAAGUAGAGCGGCCCAGCCUACGAUCCGUGGCGAGCUACUCCCUCUUCCCCGGGCUAUCCAGGUUCCGCAGAGGACGACCUCGCUCGUGCCCUGCCCUCGUCUCAUGA